GUGACGACACAGCAGGUGUGGAGUGUUCGUCGGUGGUAGGGCGGGUUGAAUGGUUCACUGCGAAGGACAGGGCCGGGGCUGGCCUCGAAGGCAUGAAAAGCCGCACGCGCACCACCAACAUCAUGGACCUAUCCGGUCUGCAAGACCUUAGGAAACACUCUGUCAUCGAACCUAGAAUUGUCAUCAAAGAUUUGAAAGUAAACUUCAACGAUAUUAUAGAAGGAAAGGAUGAGUGGAGUGUGCAAGACAAAAUUUCUCAAAGGGUUUUACGCAGAUUGCUGGACCAUAUUGCUCUGCGGUCAUUUAUCAUUGCACUGCUUAUUGGAAGCUGUAUUGCCAUCAGUUGUCAGACAGACCCUGCUAUCUCAGAGACCUACUCCAUGUUCUUUGCAAUAUUUGAACAAGUAUUGGUGACUAUCUUUCUCUGGGAAAUGUUGCUGAAAUGGUACUAUGGAUUCUGGAUAUUCUGGAAGGAUGGCUGGAACAUUGCAGAUUUCCUCGUCACAUCCGCCUUAUUCAUAGGUUCCACGACGUCAUUCAUGAGGAAUCACGAGCUCUUUUAUGUACUGAGAGUACUGAGACCUCUGCGAAUGGUGCGGAGUUUAGCUGCCAUCCAGGGUCUGGCCAUUAUGGUGCAGGUAAUCAUCCAGUCAGUUUCUGACAUGGCCAACAUUAUCUUCCUGCUCAUCCUGAUCACAUUGGUAUUCGCUGUGUUUGGGGUGAUCAUAUUUAGCACUGAAGUUCCAGAAUCAUUUGGGAGUUUGGAGAGAGCUAUGUACUCGCUGUUUAUCUGCAUCACACAAGAUGGAUGGGUGCAAAUUUAUGAAGAAUUUGUGCAAAAGGAUGGAGCAAUAAUGUACUGGGGUGCACUGUACCUCUUCAUCUUCAUCAUAGGAGCAUCUUUUAUCUGUGCAAACAUUAUGGUUGCCGCAGUGACUUCAAACCUGGAGCAAGCAAUGUUAGAGCAAAAGGAAAAGAGGCAUACACUGACUGAUGAUUCAACUCUAUUGGCUGAGUUGAAAGAUGAGGGUGAAUCAGGGCCUAAGAUGCCCUUGAUCCAUGUGCAAGACUGUAUCAGGCAGAUUACCAUGGCUCACAAACAGCAACCAAUGAAGUACAGCUCUCUGGAGAAUCUUAAUCUUACAACAUACGAGGAAUUCUGUCUAGUGCUUGAAGCUAUCCAGAGGAACAUCCAUUACUAUAAGCAGAUUCGCCUUGAGCUCAAUAGCAUUGUGAAAGAGCUAAGAGAUCUCUUAUUUAACCGUGAGCAACAGAAGCAGAUUAUGCAUCAUGAGAAAAGGAUAUUGGAUAUGACUGAAGCUCUACUCACCAAUGAUAUGCCAACAUUCAAAAAGAAAGAAAUGCUCAGCAAUAUGAUAAUGGAAAAGGUGAAAAUCUUAGCAUCUCACAGUGCUCAUUGUUUGUCUGUAGACCCAACAGAAUUCUUCAGUCAUGCACUUGGUUCACCUUGCUGCCAGCUGUUGUUUUAUUGUUUGUAUUUUCUUAUUUGCAACAAAUCUAGGCAAAACUGGGACAAGCACCCAAUUGGUUGUCAUUUCUAAUAUAUAUUUUAUAUUACAGAGACUCAGCUAGACCAUCAGUUUAUAUAAUGUGGCUACUAAGGCAGUUCAAAGUAAUCUGUGGUGAAUGACUCACCUCCUGACUCCCUAAAGCCUUUUUAUCACCUAUAAGGCACAAGACAGGACUGUGAUUUAAAUACUGUCCACAUGGCUGAUAGGGUUCAACAACAACAGCACGUGAGGUGUUUGGCAGUAUCCAAAACAAAGCAGCCACUUGAUCUUUUUAUGAUCUUGCCACUUCACACUUAAACUGUAUUGGGGUGUUUGGUUUGAUUAGCGUCUCAUCCAUUAAUUUAACCUUCUCGUACCUGCCCACCUUGCCUUAAGUGUAGAUAUUUUUAAUCAACUUGUUCAUGUUAUCACAUGACGGAGACAGGUGGGACUUGAACCUGGAUCUUCUCAACCAGAGGUAGGAAAACUCUACUGUUGUGCCACAAUUAUUCUUUCAUGAGAUGUGGGUAUCACUAGACAGGCUGGCAUUUAAUUGUUCUUUAAUUGAGUGGCCACUAAAUAGUCAACCACAUUGUUUGGCUUCAGCAUAUACUACUCACAGGCUGCACUACUGCCACUGAAUAAGUAUUUUUCAUUAGAACCUCCCAGACUCAUAACCUUAGUCACCUAGAAAAAUAAAAGCAGCAGAUGCAUCAUGGAAUACUAUCACAUCCACAUCAGACAUCUAAUUUAGAUUUUUAUCACCAUUACAAAAUUGUUGCUGGACCAAAUCCUACCAUCCGCAUUGUCAGAGCACUUUACCACAUGGACCAUAGUGCUUCAAGAAGGCACAUCACCACCUAUUCAGUGCAACUAGGAAACAGUAAUAAAUGCCAGUCAUGCCAGCAAUGUCCACAUCCUGAAAGUUAAUUUUUAAAAUAAGUUAAACCCUGAAUUGACGUGUUUGGGAAAAGAACUCUUAGAUAUUCACCAGAACUUUGGCACAGAAUCCGCUGAAGCAUAGGGACUCAGUGCCCUGUCCAUUAAGUUUGCUUUUUCCAGGGUUAAAAUGAAAAUCUAACAGAACCUUCUAGAAAUUUGGGACUGUCGUCUUUUGUUGAGAUUCUAAAUCAAGACAGGUUAGGAAAUAUUAAAGAUUCCUGAGUCUAUUUGAAGAAGAGCAGGGGGUUUACUGAUCUCCUGGCCAAUAUUCUCCCCUCAGCCAAUACCACCAAAAAAACUAUUAAGUGGCUGUUUUCACUUUGUUGUUUGAUAGAUCCCAUUAUCCACAAAGGCUCUGCCCUGGUAACCCACAUGAUAGCUAUGUGCUUGAAAGUGAUGCUUAGCAUAACACAAUAAAUGAUGAGUUAUUCCCAAAAGUACAAGCAUCUGCCAUCAACAUGAUAGUACUCUGUGUUGCUGUCCAUGUCGUAUGUUUGAGGCACAUGUGUCCAAUGCAUACAGGUCCUGAUCUCCAGUCCUUUCCUUCAGAUGAGAAGCUGUGUCAGUUCAUAAGACCAAAAGACAUAGGAGCAGAAAAUAGGCCAUUCGGCCCAUCGAGUCUGCUCCGCCAUUCAAUCGUGGUUGAUAAGUUCCUCUGAAUUAACCAGUCAAAUUCCACUUCUGAAUGUUGUCCUGGGACAGAAAGUUAUGCAGUAGCAGACAACUUCAGCCCAUUCUUGGUGUAUUUCUCAGAUUCAGAAUACACUAAACAAAUAAUGCAUUUAUCUAGAACUUUUCAUAUCUCAGGACAUCUCAAAGUGCUUUACAGGAAUGUAAUCAUUCUUUGGAAUUGUAAUUACUGUUAUAUGUGAAUACAUAGUUUCCAAUAUGUGAAUAUAUAGUCUCCAAUUCAUGUACAUGAUCCCAUAACUGUUAAUGUCCAGCCUGGCAUUUUUGGUCUUUGCAGUGGAUUUUGAACCCAAGACCUCCAAUUAAGAAGUAAAAGUGCUACCACCCUACCAAUGCUGACAUCUUAAUGUACAUGAGAGCAAUGGGACAGAAACGGGAAAUAAUCUUAAUGGUUAGCUGCUUCUGUAUGUUACUUUAUCUUUGUUUUAACAUCAGGUACGACGGGUAAACAACAGCAAUACAGUCAGCAGUGUAUACUCAAGAGGGUCAGAAAUUCCACAGACUUCAUCGCACUUCAUAAGACAUGUGCCUGAUAACUAGUUACU